AUCAAGACGCCGACGCAACGUGUGCUAUAAAUUACCCCAACCACGUGGUUUUGUGGGAAAUGGGUAAAUGGGACAACCGUCAAUCGCGAAGGUUCUUCCGCCACCGAAGGUCUCCGGUGCGUCCUCCGAAAUUCUACGACAUCAAUGCUUCUCUUCCUGAGUAUUGGCAGGACGGAAUACCUGUAUGGGAGAAGAAGUACUGCACUACAGUUGGAUUGGUACCGUGGCAGAAAAUCGUUGAUUCUAAGACAUUGAUAUGCUGCCACAGCAAUGUGUCUGAAUGGAAUGAUUCAGCUGCCGAAGAAGCAUUCAAGAAUGCCAAAAAACGUUACUGGGCAAAGAUCAACAGCCUUUCUUGUGAUAUUUCUCUACCUGAUCCAGAUACUUAUACUGAUCAAAUAGAUUGGAACCCUUCUAUUGAUCCUGAUCUCAUUAAGGAAAUAGAUGGAGCAUUGUUUACUGUGGUUGAUGAGGAAGAAGAGAUAGAAGCUAUGAAAUGCAAAAGAACAAAAACUUCAGUUGGUGGUGAAAAUCCUUGGGAGUGUCCUGCUGGUAAAGUGUAUGAAUUGAAAGAGGUAAACUCUGGAAAUGUGGAUAAUACUGACAAUCCAUGGGAGCGCCACGUUGGUGGUGGAAAUGGUGGAUUAACUGGCAAUGCUUUGGAAGGUGGUCUUCAUGUGUCAUGGGGUUGGAAUAAGGGAAAGGAACAUAAAAAUCAAUGUAAGGAUUGGGAUUCUGGAAACUUAGUGGAUAAAGGAUGGGGUAAAGUUAGGGACAGCCCUUGGAUUCAGCAGCAGCCAACUUAUUUGUCUAAUAACAUUGGCAAAUCUUCUUGGCAAUACAAAUCUAGCCAACAGAAUGUAACUCCAAUGAAGACAAAAUGGAGGCAACAGGACAAUGGUGAUGUUUCAAGUGAUUUGCAAUUUAGAAGGAAUUAUGGAGGUUGGAGUGCUCAGAAUCAGGGCAACCAAUGGAGGCAAAACUCUCAUCGAUUACAAAGAGAUGGCCGUCAAACAGGUCAUUACUUGGGCAAGGAGAAAAGUAAAAAGAGGGAUUUCUUCUCUUGACAUUGUAACUCAGUCUUUUUUGUUUUCUUUUUGUGGGCAACAAGUUUCUUUUGUUUAUACUGGUGUUAUGGUGGAACUGUUUGCCUGAAUUUUGGUGGUGAGCGGGUUUUGCUUUCAACAGUAUGUUGUCAGAGUAAAUGUUACAAUACUUCAUAGUCCUAUACGUUCAUUUCUCAAUCCUUCGUGUGUAAACUUUACUUAUUUUACUGCUUCAACCAUCCUUUGUUAUUCUUUUA